AUGUUGACACGGGGCUUGCGGAUACUGAGCCAGUGUUUGAAGCGACCGACUGGGUUUACAACUACCUACGUCGGUCACAAGUUCCCCAUGGCGUCGGUGCGCCAGUUCUCACGGACGAUGCCGGUGGCGUCGCUGGCAGUAAGACAGUUGCAACAGCUUGAAGAGACCGCCAACCGUGACCCGCAAAACCCUGGCUACCAGGCCGAGUUCUACCGCCAAUUAUUGGCUAACAACUACCCCCAGAUCGUCGUCCAGCGGUUCGAGUCGCCGGGGGUGGCGUCGCUGCCGGAAUGUACCGGGUUGUAUAUCGACGCGUUGCGCAAGAUGGGCAAGCAGCAGAAGGCCGACCACGUCGCGGCGCUGAUGGCGUACCCUCAGGGGGCGGCCCAGGGGAUGCCCCAAGGGUUCGGCUCGAAAUACGAACCGGUACACGUGGUGGUGCUGGAACUGUUUGGCACCAUUUUGCUGAAAUGGCUCAAAUGGUUGAUCCCCGUGGCCCUUUUGGCCUACGGAGCCAACCAAGCGUUUAACUAUUUUGUUGAAAACGGUACCAUUUUCAAGAACUCUGAUGUCACGGAAAAGACUGUCGAUGUGUCUCAGCUGACGGUGCGCUUUUCUGACGUCCAAGGGUGCGAUGAAGCUCGUGCGGAAUUGGAAGAGAUCGUGGACUUUUUGAAAGACCCCUCGAAGUUUACUGGUCUUGGCGGUAAGUUGCCUAAAGGUGUGCUUUUAACUGGUCCCCCCGGUACCGGUAAGACUCUCUUGGCUCGUGCCACCGCUGGUGAAGCUGGUGUCCCUUUCUUCUUUAUGUCCGGUUCAGAAUUUGAUGAAUUAUACGUCGGUGUGGGUGCUAAACGUAUCAGAGAACUCUUUGGUGCCGCCAGAGAAAAGCUGCCGGCGAUCAUUUUCAUUGACGAAUUGGAUGCUAUUGGCGGUAAGCGUAACCCUAAGGACCAAGCUUACGCUAAACAAACGUUGAACCAGUUAUUGGUUGAACUCGACGGGUUCUCGCAAUCGCAAGGGAUCAUCAUUAUCGGCGCCACCAACUUCCCCGAAUCGCUCGACAAGGCGUUAACUCGUCCCGGUCGGUUCGAUAAGGAAGUGAUUGUUGAUUUGCCUGAUGUUCGUGGUCGCGUGGAUAUCUUAAAGCACCACAUGAAGAACGUGGAAACCUCCGACGAUGUCGAUGCCCUGGUGAUUGCCCGUGGUACUCCUGGUCUCUCCGGUGCCGAAUUGAUGAACUUGGUUAACCAGGCCGCCGUCCACGCGUCGCAAUUGUCGGCUCCUGCCGUCAAUAUGGACCAUUUCGAAUGGGCUAAGGAUAAGAUCUUGAUGGGCGCCGCCAAGAAGAAGAUGGUGAUCACCGAAGAACUGCGCAUCAACACCGCCUACCACGAAGCCGGCCACGCCAUCAUGGCGAUGUUCUCUCCCGGCGCCACUCCGUUAUAUAAAGCCACCAUUUUGCCUCGUGGCCGUGCCUUGGGGAUUACCUUCCAACUCCCGGAAAUGGACAAGCACGACAUGCUGAAGAAGGAAUGCUUUGCUCGUCUUGACGUGUGUAUGGGGGGUAAGAUCGCCGAGGAAAUGAUCAACGGCGCCGAGAACGUCACCCUGGGGUGCUCGCUGGACCUUUCCAACGCCACCCUGGUGGCACGGGCGAUGGUGACGUCGUACGGGAUGUCGGACAAAAUCGGUCCCAUCAAGCUCUCGGACAACUGGGAGCUGUGGUCGCCUAAACUUAGAGACUUGGCCGACCAGGAAGUCAGACUGUACUUGAUUGGCCUGGAAAACCGUACCCGCGAGUUGUUGCACGACAAGCGGGUCGAGCUUAAACGGUUGGCGGAGGGUUUGUUGGAGUACGAGACGUUGACCCGAGAAGAAAUGGAGAAGAUCGUGCGGGGCGAUACCAUCAGCAAGGAGAAGAUCCAGCUGAACACGGUGGUGAAGCUGAAGAACGCCGUGCCCCCGAAGGACAUCAUCAACGAGCCGGCGCCCGUGCCCCAGCCGUCGUCUUAA